UUUUAGAAAUUUAGAUUAGACGAUAGAGCGAGGCCACUUCAGCUGAUUUUCUGAUCGCUGCAGUCACUUUCAGUUGUUGUGCUCGGGAAGAUAUUUUAUAAUAACUUUAUUCUUUUACAUUUCAUAUUCUUUUGGCUGAUAUAAAUAACACAUCAUGACGACCAAGAAAAUGUAUCUUCUAUCUUUCGAAGAAGUCACCAGGUUGGAUGAAGUUUUAGCUAACGUUAUACAAAUCCAUGGCCGAGGUAAUUUUCCAACUCUGGAAGUAAAGCCAAAGGAAUUUAUAAAACUUUUAACAGCUAAGUUAAAUGCGCAAGAUUUCUUUGUUAAGGAUAGUCGUUUAAAUGGUAGCACGGCUAGCUAUGUAUUAAAUGGACAAACUGAUGAACACGAUGCUGAUUAUACUUACAAUGACUUGGACCUAAUAUUUAAUGUUUCUCUCUCAUCAACUGAAGACUUUAUGAUUGUGAAAAACAGUGUGUUGGAAACCCUAAUGGACUUUCUACCACCAGAAGUAAAUAAGGAAAGAAUAUCAAGUUGCACUAUGAAAGAAGCAUACGUAAAAAAAAUGGUGAAAGUUACAAAUAAACACGAUACAUGGUCGUUAAUCUCCCUUACAAAUGAGCAAGGUUGUGAUAUUGAACUUAAAUUUGUUGAUUCUAUGAAAAGAAAAUUUGAAUUUUCUGUAGACUCAUUUCAAAUAGUGUUAGACUCGCUGUUAGAAUUCCAAACGGUUUCCUCUGAAGUUCAGAUGUCAUCUACGAUGUAUCCAUCAGUGGAAGCUGAAUCGGUGUAUGGAGAUUUUGAAGAAGCAAGGUAUCAUCUACAUAAUAAACUAAUUGCCACUAAAAGUCCAGAGGAGAUUAGGGGUGGUGGUCUUUUAAAGUAUUGCAACCUGUUAUGUCGUGAUUUUCAACCAGUUUCAGAUGAAAUCCACUCUUUAGAAAAGUACAUGUGCAGUAGAUUCUUUAUCGAUUUCAAAGAUAUCACAACACAGCAAAAUAAACUUGAAAGUUAUAUGCAAAGUCAUUCUUUAGAUUCAGCUGAACAAAGAUAUAAAUACCUUACAAUAUUGUACGAUGUUGUAGAAAAUUCAACUGUCUGCUUAAUGGGACAUGAGCGAAGACAAACUCUACGUAUGAUAUUGGAUUUAACAAACCAAGUUUUUCAUCCUACAAACUAUCAGCAAAUCACUGUGUUUUAUUCAGUUCCACCUUACAUAAAACAGUCUAUGCCAUAUUCUGGUAUCAAUGGCAACGAAUUUUACAUGCUUGGCACAUGGAAGACGAUGUCAAAAUUGACUGGCCCAUCGCAAACACCAAAGACUGUGAAUUGUUUCUAACUAUUAACCUUUUCGUUUCUUAUCUUUUAAUCUUAAUCCUUUCAAAAUGAUGAUUCCUUUUCAACUGCAUUAUUUGUAAAUAAAUUUAUAUAGUAAACUUUUCUUGAAAAGUCUACAUUGAUGUACUGGUUUCAUCUACAAAAAAAAGUAUAUUGUAUAUUUUUCUAUAAAGGAGGAUUUUUAAACAUUGACAUUGUAAAACUAAUUGUGUUGUAUCAAGGACAUAUCUUUUUGGGUUUAUAUAUCGCAGAGUUAGGUCUGAGACUGUACUCCUGCCAAAGAUAUAUAAUAUAUUAAGCAUGAUUUGCCUCGCUGUUCCAGACAAGUUUUUAUAUUUACAAAACUUCUCAUGCAUGAAAGUUUACACCUGUGAUUAUGUUUUUUUGUUUCCUGUUGAGAGUUUUUAUAAAAAAAGUUUUUGUGCACCAAAUAGUCUGAGAAUUUGUUCACCUAACCGUGCACUGUUUGCCAGUUUUUGUGGAGAAAUUUUUUUUCUUCUUGUGUUUAUAUACCGUUUAAAGUUUUUACACUACUAAUUAGUGGUAGACGGACUUUUAAAAUUAUUCAAUAUAUAUUAAAAACACUUAGAUAUCAUUUAAAACACAUUAAGUUUAUUACAAUACUGAUCUUUAA